GUUGUUGGUGGGAGCCCCUCGGGCAAAAGCUCUCUCCCGCCAGAAAGCCAACCGGACCGGAGGGCUGUACAGCUGUGAUAUCGCACCCUCGCCGGACUGCAAGCGGAUUGAAUUUGAUAAUGAUGCUGACCCCUCAUCGGAAAGUAAGGAAGAUCAGUGGAUGGGUGUGACUGUUCAGAGUCAAGGCCCGGGGGGAAAAGUGGUGACAUGUGCCCAUCGAUAUGAGAAAAGGCAACAUGUAAACACAAAGCAAGAGUCACGGGAUAUAAUUGGAAGGUGUUAUAUGCUCAGUCAGAAGCUCACUAUUGAAGAAGAUGGAAUGGAUGGCGGGGACUGGCAUUUUUGUGAUGGUCGUCUGCGAGGCCACGAGAAAUUUGGUUCUUGCCAGCAAGGUGUAGCUGCUACUUUUACAAAAGACUUUCAUUAUGUUGUGUUUGGAGCUCCUGGCACCUAUAAUUGGAAAGGGAUUGUACGUGCAGAGCAAAAGAAUAGCACCUUUUUAACUAUGGAUAUCUUUGAUGAUGGACCCUAUGAGAUUGGUGGUGAAUCUGACCUAGAUGAGAGUCAAGUUCCUGUUCCAGCUAACAGUUACUUAGGUUUCUCCCUAGAUUCAGGAAAAGGAAUUAUUUCCAAAGAUGAGAUUACUUUUGUAUCCGGGGCUCCGAGAGCCAACCAUAGUGGAGCAGUGGUUCUGCUAAAGAGGGUCCCGAAAUCAACGCAUCUUAUUCCUGAGCAUCUUUUUGAAGGAGAAGGGUUGGCCUCUUCCUUUGGCUAUGAUGUGGCAGUAGUGGACCUGAACAAAGAUGGCUGGCAAGACAUCGUUAUUGGAGCACCACAAUAUUUUGAUAAAGAAGGGAAAGUUGGGGGUGCAGUGUAUGUUUAUAUAAACCAGAAAGGCAAGUGGACCAAUGUGAAGCCAAUUCGCCUGAAUGGGACCAAAGAUUCAAUGUUUGGCAUUGCGGUUGAAAACAUUGGUGACAUUAAUCAGGAUGGCUAUCCAGAUAUUGCAGUAGGAGCACCAUAUGAUGGUUCCGGGAAGGUUUAUGUCUAUCAUGGAUCCCCAAAUGGAAUCAAUACCAAACCCACACAGAUUCUUGAGGGUCAAACUCCAUCCUUUGGGUACUCAAUUGCUGGAAAUAUGGACCUUGAUCAAAACUCCUAUCCCGAUAUUGCAGUUGGUUCCCUCUCCGAUUCUGUGUCCGUUUUCAGAUCUCGACCUGUAAUCAACAUCCAGAAGACUCUCACAAUAUAUCCCAACAAAAUUGAUCUGAGGCAUAGAACAUCCUGUGGUGCGCCUAGUGGCAUAUGCCUGGAGGUUAAUGCCUGUUUUGCAUAUACUGCUAAACCCACUGAUUUCAACCCUGAAAUAUCAAUUCGUGGCAUACUUGAAGCAGAAAAUGAGAGGAGGAAAUCUGGUCUCUCACCAAGAGUUCAAUUUAAGAGUCAGCCUUCUGAGCCCAAGUUCUUUAAAAUCUUAAAUCUGCAGAGACAGAAACAAAAAGAAUGCAUGAAAGCAACACUUUGGCUACAGGAAAAUAUCAGAGAUAAGCUGCGCCCCAUUCCUAUAUCUGCUACUGUGGAAAUCGAAGAGCGCACUUCGAGGCAGCAGCCAGGAUCACUCCCAAAAGUACUUCCAAUUCUGAAUUCAAAUGAACCUAAAACAGUGACCUCAGAUGUGCAUUUCUUAAAAGAGGGAUGUGGUGAAGACAAUGUAUGUAACAGUAAUCUUAAACUGGAGUAUCGAUUCUGUACCAGACAAGGAAAUCAAGACAAGUUUUCUUACUUACCAAUUCAAAAUGGAGUCCCAGAAUUUGUGCUCAAAGACCAGAAAGAUAUUGCUUUAGAAAUAACUGUGACAAAUAAUCCAUCAAACCCAAGGAAUCCGUCAAAGGAUGGUGAUGAUGCUCAUGAAGCAAAGCUUAUUGCAAGUUUUUCUGAUACCUUGACUUAUUCCGCCUACAGAGAGCUGAGGGCUUACCCUGAAAAACAGUUGAGUUGUGUUGCCAAUCAAAAUGGUUCUCAGGCAGAUUGUGAACUUGGAAAUCCCUUUAAGAGAAAUUCCAAUGUUACUUUUUAUUUAAUUUUAAGUACCACUGAAGUCACCUUUCAAACCACAGACCUGGACAUUAAUCUGAGAUUGGAAACAACAAGCAAUCAAAGUAAUUUGGCUCCAAUUACAGCUAAAGCUAAAGUGGUUAUUGAACUGCUUUUGUCAGUCUCUGGAGCUGCUAAGCCUUCCCAGGUGUACUUUGGAGGGAAUGUUCUUGGUGAGAGCGCUAUGAAAUCUGAAGAUGAUGUUGGAAGUUUAAUAGAGUACGAGUUUGGGGUAAUUAAUUUGGGCAAGCCUCUCAGAAACCUUGGCACAGCAUCUCUGAAUAUCCAGUGGCCUAAAGAAAUUUUCAAUGGCAAAUGGUUACUUUAUUUAAUGAAAAUUGACUCCAAAGGAUUGGAAAAAAUAGCUUGUACACCAGAACGUGAAAUUAACUAUCUGAAGUUAAAGGAGUCCCACCAUUCAAGAAGGAGACGAGCGAUUGCAGAAAAGCAGAUAGAUGAUAGAAGAUUUUCUUUAUUUGCAGAAAGAAAAUAUCAGACACUUAACUGUAGUUUAAAUGCAAAAUGUGUGAACAUAAAAUGUCCUUUGCAAGGUUUGGACAGCAAGGCGUCUGUAUUUUUGCGUUCAAGAUUGUGGAACAGCACAUUUCUGGAGGAAUUUUCAAAAAUGAACUACCUAGACAUUAUCGUCCAAGCUACUGUUGAUGUUACUGCCACCAGUGAAAACAUUAAAGUUCCAAAUGCAGGUGUUCAAGUGAGAGUCACCGUGUUUCCGUCAAAGACAGCUGCCCAGUACUCAGGUGUGCCGUGGUGGAUCAUCCUUGUGGCUGUUCUUGCUGGAAUUCUAAUGCUGUCUCUAUUAGUAUUUUUACUUUGGAAGUGUGGGUUCUUUAAGCGCUCCAGGUACGAUGACAGUGUCCCCAGAUAUCAUGCUGUAAGAAUCCGGAAAGAGGAGCGACAGAUCAAGGAUGAGAAAAAUAAUGAUAGCCUGGAAAAGAAGCAGUGGAUCACCAAAUGGAAUGAAAAUGAAAGCUACUCCUAGGGGAAGAACUAAACUUUUGUUCUCUCCUACUCAAAAUUGAAAAGGAUUUUAAAAAUUCCUUCACUAAGUGAAUACUGGUUUCUGACUCACUUCCUACAGUAUGGACCUACAGUUUUUAACUGAGAAUAAUGUUACUUUAUGCCACGGCUUUUGUUUUGCACAACUAAAUUUAAGACUGUUGGAAGAUAUUUUAACUGCCUUAAUUUACAUUUCCAGGUUGCCUUUAGCUUAGCUGUGGCCAACUUACACACAUUGUGAAGAGGCACACCAAAUGUACCUCCUGAGAGGUGUUUCCAAUAGAGUAGUAGGGUGAAGCCACCAAAAUCAUUCUUCCUACCCUCCACCAAAAUAUAUAAUGAGCGUGGCAGAGUUUUGCCUUCACACAUAUUCUUCCAUUAAGAUUUGUGAACUUGUGAAUCAACUACUCAUCAUCGUAAUACUCCGUAGUGGUGGUAGAUGCAGUUCAUCCUAAAGUAUUCUUUCAAAUUCAGUGUGCAAUAGAAGGUAAGGUUGCCCGCCCACCUUAUUUCUAAUCUCAGAUUUGUGUGAAUAUGGUUCACACCAAAUAUUCACAGGUUGUCCUUUUUUUCCUCAAAAAUAAAACACAACAGGCUUGAAUACUAGUUAUACUUUUUGUACAUAUCUUAGUCCUGGUAUUUAUUUUUCUCAUAAGCCAUUUUGCCUAGAACUAAUAGGUAGGCCAAAGACUUUGACUCCCUUAGGUUGUGUAGGUGCUCAGAAUCCAUAUGUGAAUGGUUAAGUGGUUGGACCUGAAUCUUUCACUGCAAGAAAAAAAAAGUUCUUUAUACCAGAGAUAUUUUUGAAUAACCUAAACUUAAAUGUAAAUUGUGGUAUUUUUCCCCUGGCGUGGUGUAUAUAUGUUUAAGAAAUAUGAUUCAAAGUUUCUUUAAGAUUAUUUGUUCAUUCUAAAUAGACAAGAAAUGUAUUGUUUUUGGACCCCCAGAAUAUGCCUGUCAUGUGGUUUUUGGGGACUUUUGUGCAAGAACCUUUGUGAACAUUUAGAGAAGGUUAAUUCACCCAUCUGCCCUAGUGCAGACCCCAACUACUGCAGAUGCUUCAGCACUUGAAAGAAUAAACGCCUGCCACUGGUCUGAAGGGAUCCAGUUUGAGACUACUGAAUGAUGUCCUAAAUGUUGAAACAGCUGUGUCUAAGAAUUAUUCUAUGCCAUGCUAAUUCCAGUUUUUAAAUUCUUGUGUAACACCAUCUAAAGAGUAAAUUAUUAUUUUUCCUUUAAACAACACUUCCCUGGCUUUGGUAAUGAUAAUAUUAAUAAUAAAAAAAUGAAUGACUGCUUUCAAAUUACUUGUUGGAUUUUGCAAAUGUAUAAAAACUGUUGUUGUGCUCCGGAUUUCAGUAUUUUUGGGGGGGAAUGGGAACAAAUGGAAAUGCAUGUAAAGAUUAUGUAUCAGAUUGUUAAGGGUUAC